CCCCUCCGCCGCCCGGCGCCCGCGCUGCAGGAAGGAGGUGCCCGCUCUCAGCCGCGCCUGCCCCAGCGCGCCGAUCCGCACCAUGCCCCGCAUAGAUGCCGACCUCAAGCUGGACUUUAAGGAUGUCCUGCUCCGACCCAAGCGGAGCAGCCUCAGGAGCCGAGCCGAGGUGGACCUUGAGCGUACCUUCACAUUUCGAAACUCAAAGCAGACCUACUCAGGGAUUCCCAUCAUUGUGGCCAACAUGGACACCGUGGGGACAUUUGAGAUGGCAGUGGUGAUGUCACAGCACUCCAUGUUUACAGCAGUUCAUAAGCACUAUACCCUGGAUGACUGGAAGCUCUUUGCUGCUCAUCACCCAGAAUGUCUGCAGCACGUAGCCGUGAGUUCGGGCAGUGGGAAGAGCGAUCUGGAAAAGAUGAGUGGCAUCUUGGAAGCGGUGCCGCAGGUCAAGUUUAUUUGCCUGGAUGUGGCCAACGGGUACUCAGAACAUUUUGUGGAGUUCGUGAAGCUGGUGCGUGCCAAAUUUCCAGAACAUACCAUCAUGGCAGGGAACGUGGUAACAGGGGAGAUGGUGGAAGAGCUUAUUCUUUCUGGAGCGGACAUAAUCAAAGUGGGUGUCGGACCAGGUUCCGUGUGUACCACCCGCACCAAGACGGGGGUGGGCUACCCCCAGCUCAGUGCUGUGAUCGAGUGUGCGGACUCUGCCCACGGCCUGAAGGGUCACAUCAUCUCCGAUGGAGGCUGCACGUGUCCAGGAGAUGUCGCCAAAGCCUUUGGAGCUGGAGCAGAUUUUGUCAUGCUGGGCGGGAUGUUUUCAGGCCACACCGAGUGUGCCGGGGAGGUGAUCGAGAAGAAUGGGCAGAAGCUCAAGCUCUUCUACGGGAUGAGCUCCGAAACAGCAAUGAAGAAGCAUGCAGGAGGGGUCGCUGAAUACAGAGCGUCUGAGGGCAAGACUGUGGAAGUGCCUUACAAGGGGGAUGUAGAAAACACUAUUCUGGAUAUUCUUGGGGGACUGAGGUCUACCUGCACUUAUGUGGGGGCCGCCAAACUCAAAGAGCUCAGCAGGAGGGCAACGUUCAUCCGGGUGACCCAACAGCACAACACGGUGUUCAGCUAACCUUGAGGAUGAGGUGACGUCCAGCUCGUGGAAGCUUCCACUCACACCUGCUUUCCCACCUCCCUCCUGUUACAUCAGAGUUUCUGGCUGUUCUGAGUGGUGGACGACUGCCUCCUGCUCCCCUACCCGCACCCUGGAGGCUCUGGGGCUCCCCUCGUGCCUUCGGGGGGCCCAGAAGAGGGCCCUGACCCAGUCCGUGGUCAGAGCCCAGCUGCCUGGAACUCAUAACCUCAUUGUUAAAACUAACUCACCUCUUUCUUUCUCUCUCUUUUUUUUUUUUUUUAAAGAAAAAUGGUUUCACUUUAAUAUAAUGCAAUUAUCUUAAGACUUGGUGGAGUGCUGGAGUUUGCAUUUGCAGGAAACAAGUUGUCAGGGGAGCUGGGGGUUUUCUACCUUUUUCCCACGCUGGGCUCUUAGCAUUCAGGGCUGGGGUGUUGGAGGAGGAGAGGGCAGGGGAGGGUCGGGCUGGCCAGAGUAACUGGCGUCCCCUCCUCCGCUUUUGGUUGCUAGCGAAGAACAAAAGCGCCUGACUAGACACAUGAACUUGGAGGGGCCUCACUGCAGAUACUCACAAGGUGUGGCGACCCGUUUCCAGGACCUGAGUUACACAUGCCUUUGGGGAGUAGACAUCUGUCACUGUGAGGUCCAGGUUGCUCUGGGGACGCUGUCCCUGUCCUGAUUUUUCAUCGACUUUUGUUGUGCUUCAGCUCUUUCCUCCUUGGUCCCAACCUGUCGGGCUGGCUUCCCUCUUAAAGAGAUGACACGUGAUUUUGAAGUUCAGUAGGACUGAACCUAUUCAAUAGGAUAACCUUUUAUUGAGAGGUUGUCCAUCAAAAAAUUGGCGAGUGGCAUCCUUACUGAAAGACAGUAAAAACCUUGACCAGCGGCUUUCUAAAAGCCUUUGGUUUAAAAAUACGAGAACUAUUCCCUUGUCCAGGCCAUUACUACUUUGGAGGCAGGUGGUGCUGUAUAAAAUGGUCAGUUCACGGACUGGGAACAGGGGGGCGUUUUCUUGGAGAAAGGACCCCUGGCUGGGGAGGAAGCCUGCAUCUGCCCACCGCAGCCCUCGUUUCCACAGUGAACUUGGAUGCAUUGAUGAGGACUGGCCACUUCUGAAGCGAUGCUUGAGCAACACGACUGGAAAGUAAAUGCAGACCAGGAUGUUUUACUUUAUUUUCUUCUGCACGAGGCUUAGAGAAGCAGACCCAGGAGUAAAAUUUUCCUUGAGAAAGCCAACGAUUACCCUGGAGUAGAGAAGGGUCAUGCGGUGCUACUGUAUAAGGACAAAUGAAUUGCCUGAGGUCCAUGGUGAUGGCCACCAUCCGGAGAAUCCAUCCAAACCAUAAAAGCUCCAGGAAAUUACAGGUCCCUUGUGAGUUUCUUAAGAAUACAUCUAAAGGCCCAGCAAUUUGAAAUCCGUUGUAAUACUUUUCUCCCUCGAUCCAUUAAGAAUAAUUCCUGCACUUGCAGAAACAUGCACUGGCCACGCUUUGGAGCUGAAGGUCUGGAGGGUGUUUAACGUAGAGCAAGACGUGGGGUUUUGUGGAGGCACCCCACCUUUCCUGUUGGCUUGUCUGAGGUGGGAGUCCCACAGCCCUCCCGGGGAAGAUGUUUUCUACUCAAGUCCUUGUUUUAAGAGAUUCCUUGUUGCAAAAUAAGGGAGCUUGAAAAGAAAAGGAAAGGUCUUAAAUGCAUUCAAAAGGGACCAGGGGUAGUAAGGGACCUUUGCGGGCACACCCGUGCUUUAGCUCACCAGUGUCCCCCUCUCUCACCUCUGGGUCCUGUGCUAUACACCCAGAGGGCUCUGGGGGGGGGCGGGGGGGACACCCAUCGGCCCACUAGAGGCUGUGUGCUUUGCAGCCCUGUGCCCACUUUAUCCAUCUUGUGUAACGAUUUUGCACACUGUCCGCUCUUCGUUUCCACGAGCAGGCCCUUUGCUCACCUAAGUUCUUAGGGAAGUGAACCACUUUGAAGCAGAGAUUUUGCAAAAAAGCACCCUGAAGGCUCCAUUAUGCUUUGCCUUAUAAGUUCGUCUCUGUCUCGAACAGCUCGUGGGCCCGGGAGCCUGUACCAGAGGGUCCUCAGACCUGGGCUCACGCGGGAGGCUUGAGGGCCUGCUGCACCCUCACGCCUUCCCGUGCAGGAGAAGUGGGGGUAGGGGGUGGGAGGUGAUGCCCUUCACCUUGGGCUGCUCCUGCCGUGCUUCUACUGGUUUCAAGGCCUGCCUCUUGCAGAGUGUGGAACACAGCUUCCCCCCUCCCCCCUAAUUUGAACAGUUGAGGGAAGUCUAGAGCCAUUGGGGCCCAGACCUCUGAGAACGGUUAGCAUCUGAUACUAAAUCAGCAGGGAAGGCGGUGACUCAGACUCGCCCACAGCAUGGGGCUCCUCGGCCGGACUGCUCUGGAGGAGGAGGACCCUCGCGUGGCCACAAGGUUCUCCUGGUCCCCGAUGGUGUCAUGCACAUUCUCUUGGCACUGACAUGCACAGCGUGUCGGGACUGCAACUCUGAGCCCCAAGAGGAAAGUCCGGGUGCAGUACCCCCGGCGUCUAAGCAGGAAGGCAGCCAAGGGAAGGAGUUAUCUACACCGCCCCCCCCACCCCGGUUCAAUGACAAUUCUGAAUUUAGCACUGAGAAUUCUCUUGCACCUCUGCAGAAUCUUAAAGCUUGAAGGACUUUAUAGCCACAUGUGCCGAUGGGGGCAUAGGGGCUCCCCUGCAUGGCUCCUGGGGGAACUGCUUUCUGGGACACCUGCUAAGAGUGGGCACAGUGCACCCCUGCGGUGCAGUGCUCUUUGAGACGAGGGGGCUCUGCUGUUCGCAUGCAUGCCGGGAGCCCCCUGGCUUGUGGAGUUUUUUGGUUUUUGUUUUUAAAAAGAUUUAUUUAUUCAUUCAUGAGAGAGGCAGAGAAGAGGCACAGGCAGAGGGAGAAGCAGGCUCCAUGCAGGAAGCCCAAUGCGGGACUCGAUCCGGGGACUGCAGGAUCAUGCCCCAAGCCGAAGGCAGAUGCUCAACCGCUAAGCCACCCAGGCGUACACCCCACCCACUUUUUUUUUUUUUUAAGAUUUUAUUUAUUUAUUGCUUGUGGAGUUUUUAUCAGGCAUGAACUGAAGGAAAUGCGAAGGAACUUUCCACAUCAGACCACUAACCAGCGUUCAGCAACACUGUUCCAGAAUGUGUCAAUGAUGCUACAUGAGUCCCAUGAAGCUGCCAAAUGCUGUUUAGAAACAAAUCUCUCUUGUCAACAGCAUUGUUCAGAUAGGAGAAAUAAAACGUGAACUGAAUAAGUCAAAA